AUGAAGUACCUCGGUGUCAUCCUCGCCACAGCGGGCCUCGCCCUCGCCCAGAACGUCAACGACUACUUCCCCGAAUGCUCCAUCAAGUGCCUCCUUGACUCGGUUUCCUCGGCCACCGAUUGCGCCCAGGACGACGGCGUGUGCAUCUGCAUCUUCGACAACUACGCCUCCAUCGUCGAUGAUUCCACCAACUGCGUGAUCCAGGCUUGCGGUGCCGACGUCGCCAUCAACAAGGUCCUCCCAGGCGCCGACAACUACUGCAAAGCCGUCACCGCCGCCGCCUCCGCCCACACCGCGUCCAAGACCUCCACACCCGCCGCAUCCGGCACCGCCGCCGCCACCGGCUCCCCCUCCCCCUCCGUGACCGACGCCGCCGCCUCGCCGCCGGCCACCACCCCCGCGCCGACCGGCUCCGGCUCCGCCAAUGCUCCGCCACCGGCCACCACUACCAGCUCUGCCGGUGCCGCCAAUGCCGGCUCCGUCGGCCUGGUCGCCAUGCUCGGUCUCGGCGCUCUUGCUGCUCUCUAG